UUUUCGGUAACCGCAGGCGGCGCGAUGGGUGAGACCGGUGCUGGCAGCUCCGGCAAGAAAAAGGGAAAAUCAUUAUGUGGCACAUGCAACAAAAAGUGUUCUGGAGAGGUUUUAAAGGUUCAUGACCAGUUUUUCCACAUCAACUGCUUCAAAUGUAAAGCGUGCAGCAAGUCGCUGGCGCAGGGCGGCUUCUUCACCAAGAACGGCGAGUACUUCUGCUCGGAUGACUACCAGCGCCAGCACGGCACCAAGUGCGCCGUCUGCGGCCAGUAUGUGGAGGGCGAGGUGGUCACGGCGCUCGGCAACACCUACCACCAGAAGUGCUUCCUCUGCGCUCGUUGCAGGCAGCCGUUCCCCUCUGGCGAACGGGUGACCUUCACGGGCAAGGAGUGCCUGUGCAGCAAGUGCGUGCAGAUCCCGGUGGUGGACUCGCUGUCGCCGCAGCACUCGCCGUCGCGCGGCGGACCGAACGACCGUCAUCUGGGCAGUAAGUUGUCUGUGUGGGCCGCCGGAACGCGACGCGCGUGCUCGGGUGACCGGGUGCUGGGCAAGUGCUCCGGCUGCCACCAGGACCUGACCGAGUCGCAGGCGCUGAUCGCGCUCGACAAGCCCUGGCACAUCUGGUGCUUCAAGUGCACCACCUGCAAGGCCCUGCUGCACGGCGAGUACAUGACCAGAGAUGGAAAGCCGUACUGUGAGAAGCACUACCAGGCGGAGUAUGGCGUCAAGUGCGCCUACUGCCAGCGUUACAUCAGCGGCAAGGUGCUGCAGGCCGGCGACAACCACCACUUCCACCCGACCUGCGCGCGCUGCACCAAGUGCGGCGACCCCUUCGGUGAUGGCGAGGAGAUGUAUCUGCAAGGUGCUGCCAUCUGGCACCCGCGCUGCGGCCCCGGGCCGACCGAGAACGGGCUCAUCAUCAACGGCCAGCACGACGCGGACGAGAGCGCGGCAGACCGCAGCGCCGAGCUGGACCGGCUCUCGACCAGCGCCAGCGAGACACAGUUUUCGUUCCGCUCGCGGUCGCGCACGCCCAGCGUGAGCGGCUCGUGCGGCAUCGCGAGCCCCUACCGUAGCUUCUCGCGGUACUCUGGCUACCGGUCGGCCAGCCCAGGCCUGCUGCUGCGCGAGUACCGCAGCAACAUGACGACGCCCGUGGACGUGACGCGCAUCUACACGCAGAGCUACCUGGCCGACGGCCCCACCAUGGGCUACCUGCGCCGGCCGAUCGAGCCGUACGACAAGCCGCCCAAGAGUCCGCACUUCCACCGGCCGCCCGCCAGCGUGGGCUCCUCGGGCCGACGGAUGGUGUUCGCGCGACCCGGCUCCCGCUCCGGCAUGCAGGCGCUCGUCAACCAGAUGGAGUCGGAGACGCCGCGACCGCGCUCGCCCUACAUGAACAACGAGGAGCCGAUUGAGCUUAGCCACUACCCGGACGCCAAGAAGCCGUCCGCCAACGAGCAGGCGAAAAUCGAACGCGACGACUUCCCCGGCCCGCCGUACCCGUACACCGACCCAGAGCGGCGCCGGCGGCUCUCGGACAAGUCCAGCCUGCACGAGGCCGACCUGGACACGCUGGACGGCGCCGCCGACGGCGAGCGGCCCGAGGACCCCAAGCUGAAGCGCGAGGAGGCCGAGCUGAACAAGAUCGCCAGCGGCAUCGGCAAGGUGUUCCUGGAGCAGGUGCGCGAGCGCGAGAAGCUGCGCCAGUGGAAGAUGGCCAACGUCGACCCGCGCAACGCCUCGCGCGCGCCCAACGCCGACCACGAGCUGCCCUACAGAAUGCGAUACGAGUCUCCCAUCUACGCCUCGCCGUCCCGGGACGCCGACCACGUGCGGCCCUGGGAGCUGGAGGAGGAGUUCGAGCGCGGCGGCACGUACCGCUCCUCGCUGCCCGGCCGCGCCUACGGUGCCGUGCCGAACUACCGCAUCGUGCGCUCGUCCAUGUCGGCGCCGCGACCCGGUUACGGCAUGAAGGCCAGCACGCUGCCCUGCGCCGGCGCCCGGCCGGCCACCAGCGGCGGCUACUACGGCGAUUACUACGGAGGCCUGGGUGAGAAGACUCACAGCACCGAGUUCAGCAGCGCCAGAUCAGAUAUCUCGAUCGGCUCUCUGACGGAGGCCGACCGCAACGCGCUGAACCAGGCGGAGUCCGUGUCGGUGCACACGCCGCGCUCGGGCUACCACCGCUACCCGUACCAGUUCGCCGGCGGCCCGCCCAUGCGGCGCUCGCUGCCCAACGUCUCGCAGACGGGGCCGCCGCUGGAGCCGGCCAAGGUGUACCCGGUGCACCUGCUCUUCACCACCAACUACCGGCUGCCGGCCGACGUCGACCGCGCCAACCUGGAGCGCCACCUGUCCGACGCCGAGUUCGAGAUGUUUUUCCACAUGCCACGCGCCGACUUCUACCGUCUCCCGCUCUGGCGGCGCAACGACCUCAAGAAGCGAGGCCGUCUCUUCUAGAGCCCAUGGCGGCGACGAAUGGCGAGCCGGCGCCGGGCGCGAGGGGGCGCGCCGCGCGGCGACGAACGAAUCCACGGAUGCACGCUUCGCGAGCGCUCGAGCUUCCAGGCGCGGGCCGCUGCGCCGGCGGCGGCGCGCGGCGGAGCGCCUUGUGUUGCCUGUCCCCGGCUUGCGUGGCGUUCUCCCGCUGCUAGUGAGAGUGUGCCGAUCCCCGCCGGCUGCGGCGG